CGUCGACCUCGUCUCCCUGCGAGCUCUGCGGCGGCGCUGACCCGGCCGGGGCCACUCUUCCUCGCCUCUCCCAAGCGCCGAGCGGGCGGUCGAGUGAACCGUGGCUCAAAUGGCCCCCGAGGCUACCUGGGCAGGCAAAUAUUUUCUUCUGACUGGUCAGCGGUAAGUGUGUGGCGAAACCUGAUCCAAUCAAUGGGCGCUAGAGUUCUCAGAACGUAAUCCGGAAGUUGGUCCUGAGCAGUUCCGAUUGGUUGUUGAUGCCUAACGCGCGUUGAGACUUCCGGCGUGGGUGCGGAGCGCGGAGUCCUGUGAGGUGAAAGGAGAGGAGCUCAGGUCCUGUUCUAGGGAGGUCUUGGCGGGGGCGGGCCAAGGGGCGGUGCGGCGGCGCCCGCGAGCAACUGAGGCUGAGGCGCAGGAGCCGUUUGCGCCUGGGCUGGAGCCAGCUUUCUCGGUCAGGGUUUGGAGCUCUGGGCCACCUGGCUGUUGCGGACUUCAGCCAUCCUUGCGCUGGGCGCGGGGCGUCUUCUUUGGCGUGCGCAGCUGGUUUCGCGGCCAAGGCGGUCUGGGGGCCUGAAGAUGGCGUCGGGUCCGGGCUUCCAGGACCGGGAAGGGCUCCUCAUAGUGAAACUGGAGGAGGACAGCGCCUGGAGCCAGGAGCUGCCCCAGCCAGACCCUGGUCCCAGCCCGGAGGCCUCUCACCUGCGCUUCAGACGGUUCCGCUUUCAAGAGGCCGCUGGGCCCCGGGAGGCCCUCAGCCGGCUCCAGGAGCUUUGCCACGGGUGGCUCCAGCCGGAGAUGCGCACCAAGGAGCAGAUCUUGGAGCUGUUGGUGCUGGAGCAGUUCCUGACUAUCCUGCCCCAGGAGAUCCAGAGCAGGGUGCAGGAGUUGCACCCGGAGAGCGGCGAGGAAGCGGUGACUCUCGUUGAAGAUAUGCAGAAAGAACUUGGGAGACUGAGACAGAAGGUCACAAACCGUGGGCAGGGAACAGAAGUGCUUUUGGAGGAGCCUUUGCCUCUGGAAACAGCACAAGAGUCACCGAGCUUCAAGCUGGAGCCCAUGGAGACUGAGCGAAGCCCUGGCCGCAGGCUGCAGGAGCUGCUAGGCCCCGGCCCCAAAAGGGACCCUCAGACUGUAAAGGAGAGGGCAUUAUCUGCUCCCUGGCUUUCUCUCUUUCCUCCCGAAGGAAACAUGGAAGACAAGGAGCUGACUGGGCCCCAGUUGCCUGAGAGCUUAGAGGACGUGGCUAUGUACAUCUCCCAGGAGGAGUGGGGGCGUCAGCAUCCUAGUAAGAGGGCCCUCUCCCGGGACACGGUGCAGGAGAGUUAUGAGAAUGUGGACUCACUGGAGUCUCAGGUUCCCAGUCAGGAGGCCCUGAGCACCCAGGUGGAACAUGGAGGAAGGCCCUGGCAUCCAAGUGUCCAGACUUGCAAGGAAGGUCUGAGCUCCAGGACCCCCGCUCCAGGGGAAGAGAAAUUUGAGAACCAGGAAGAGUGUGCUCAGUCUGUUUCACCUGAGAGCAUCCACCGCCAGGCGCUGCUGGCUGGUCAGGCCAGAGGGGAGGUGCCCUGGAGUCCUGAGCAGGGAAGGCCUCGGGAUAGGGCAGAAAAGCUUUGGGAGCCUCCCACAGAGGAUCGACUGGAGCAACCCUUAGUGGGGGCCACAAGUUGCAAAAAGCUGGGACGACCAAAGGAACUGCAGCCAAAGAAGCUCCACUUAUGUCCCUUGUGUGGCAAAAAUUUCUCUAACAACUCGAACCUGAUUAGACACCAGAGAAUACAUGCAGCAGAAAGACUGUGCAUGGGUGUGGAGUGCGCUGAAAUCUUUGGUGGGAAUCCACACUUUUUAUCACUACACAGAGCACACCUGGGAGAGGAAGCCCAUAAGUGCCUCGAGUGUGGAAAAAGCUUCAGUCAGAAUACCCACCUGACUCGCCACCAGCGAACCCACACAGGUGAGAAGCCCUAUCAGUGUAAUGUGUGUGGAAAGAGCUUCUCUUGCAACUCCAACCUCCACAGGCACCAGAGAACACACACAGGUGAAAAGCCCUACAAGUGCCCUGAGUGUGGGGAGAUCUUUGCUCACAGUUCCAACCUCCUCAGGCACCAGAGAAUUCACACAGGAGAGAGACCUUAUAAGUGUGCCGAGUGUGGGAAAAGUUUCUCUCGCAGUUCACACCUUGUUAUUCACGAAAGAACUCAUGAAAAAGAGAGGCUGUACCCCUUCUCUGAGUGUGGGGAAGCAGUGAGGGACAGCACGCUCUUUCUUACAAAUCCCGGGACCCACCCCAAAGCCGAGAAGAAACUCUUCCAGUGUUUGACUUGUGGGAAAAGCUUCCGGCAGGGCAUGCACCUCACCAGACACCAGAGAACCCACACAGGAGAGAAACCAUAUAAAUGUAACCUCUGUGGGGAAAACUUUUCUCAUAGAUCCAACUUAAUCAGGCACCAGAGAAUUCACACAGGAGAGAAACCCUAUACCUGUCACGAAUGUGGGGACAGUUUCUCUCACAGCUCCAAUCGGAUUCGUCAUCUGAGAACCCACACAGGAGAGAAACCUUAUAAAUGUUCUGAAUGUGGAGAAAGCUUUUCUCGAAGUUCACGCCUUAUGAGUCAUCAGAGAACUCACACUGGAUAGAAACGAUGGGAUUUCUUUUGGGCCCAGAUAAGGUGGCCUGUUCAGAGGGGCCUGUUGUUCAGAGCUCAUAUUCCUUACCCAUCGAGUAAUUACCCUGCCCCCCCAGGGCAGCGUCCUUCUGAGGGAAGUACAGAGGCGGCUAAUGAUUAGCAUAAAACUGAAAAGGAAUUCUGUUGGAAUUAGAGUAACAAGUCUUUGAGGUGACCCACUCAGGGUGGAAUUCUCUAUGAAGUACUUCCUGUCCCAGGGCACUCCUAUUCCCCUCAGCAUAUUUAGCCAGCUUGUGAUGUGGGCGCCUUAUUCUGUCCUGUGUCCAUCCCAACAACUUUGGGAAUCCAUGAACUUGCUGCUUCCUCACUUGGGACAUUCAUCAGGAAUAUUUGAGCUCCUGAGGCCCUUGAGAGCAAAGAAGAGUGAUCAGGUCUCCUGGGAAAGCAGGAGGCACCAAAAUACUGGUGGUGAGUUGCAGCUUUUCUGAAGGCCUGGCUGGGAAGCUCAUAGGCAGCCCGGGGCACCCACCGUCCAUGGCCUGACCGUAUUGGUCAUUGGCAGGUCCUAAUGUAAGUGUCACCUCAAACAAAAAGGAAUAAGAGACCUAAGGGAAACAGUAAGGCAGAAUUUGCAGGUCUUCCCGGAAAUAGGCAGAGGAAACUAUAUAAGUCUGAAUUAGUUUACCCUUUUGCAGAGAUCGAGUCUUCAAAAGGUUCACGAAAGAUGGGUUCCUUGGGAGACUUUGAAAACAUGGAUCCUGGGGAAGUUAGGAAUCAUGCCCACCCCUGUUGAAAAUAUGUUUGGAUGUUAAUAAAUAUCUUCAGGAAA